GUAACAAGUAGGCCAAAUACUACUCCUGAAUUAAGUCCUGAGAGAGAGAAGCCGUAGGCGUAGGGGCUCCCAAGCUUUGGCACGCGCGGCACAGAACACGCAUAUAUGAGACGUGACCGUUCACACAAGCAGUGUCUGCUGUCUCAGUCCCUCCCAACUCUGUUAUGUGUUCUAGGACAGGUCUAAAGCCAUCUCGUCUAGCAUACAUGGUGCCAUCAACUGGGUGUGAAGAAGGUAGCAGCUUAAACAAAACCAUCGGCCUCCACAGAGGCUCAUCAUCGUUAUUCUCCUCAAGCUCCUCAAAGUCAAUCUCAUCCACAUCUUCAUCAUCAUCAGCUUCACCAUUCACGGGUCUUGGAGGAAGGACCACAAAGACCAUGGAAGAGGUCUGGAAGGACAUCAAUAUUGCCUCCCUCCAAGACCAAGAAACCACCGCGAGACACCACCGGCCCCACCCCGCCUCCAACAACAACGUCAUCCUUCAAGACUUUCUUGCUCGACCCUUUAGCAAAGACCCACCUGCAGCCAGCAUGGUCGCCGCCGCAGCCGCCGCCGCCGCAGAGACCGCCGUCUACUGCCCACCUGGCUCUUUGGCGCCGCCUCCGCCUGCCACUGUCUUGAGCUUGAAUUCCGGCUGCGAAUUCCAUUUUCUUGAUCACUCUGACCCACUCAGGCCUAACUCACAUUUACAUUCUAAUGUCACUUCUUUCAGUAGCCCAUUUGAGGCUCUGACUUCCUCCACUGGCUUGCCGUCUUUUGGGAAGAAGAGGGUUCCAGAAUCUGACGGUAGUUCUGGGGAUCGGCGACAUAAGCGUAUGAUCAAGAACCGAGAAUCCGCCGCGCGAUCGAGAGCUAGAAAGCAGGCCUAUACAAACGAGUUGGAACUUGAAGUUACUCACUUGAAGGAAGAGAAUGCAAGGCUUCAAAAACAGCAAGAACAGCUAAGAUUGGCCGCAACUGCUCAACUUCCCAAAAAGAAGUCACUCUACAGAACCUCAACGGCUCCAUUUUGAGAAUCAUCAGUACUGCCUUUUCCUUUUGGGGUUUCAAUGUUUUUGUAGGUGGGUACUGUACCUCCAUAUUAUAGUGGUCUCAGGAAAGAACAAUGUAUGUAUGGAAAAAAAGAGUAGUGUUUUUGCAUUCCUAAGAAGCAGGAAUUUAACUUGGUGGGUCUUUUUUGGUUAUGUUUUUGUAUCCUUCCCUUG